GCCGCGGCGCCCUGCUGCCGGCUGUGCUCCUCGGCGGCGCUUCCCAACGAGCGGAUCCGCAACAUCGGCAUCUCGGCGCACAUCGACUCGGGCAAGACCACCCUCACCGAGAGGAUCCUCUUCUACACCGGCAGGAUAGCCCAGAUGCACGAGGUGAAAGGCAAGGAUGGAGUUGGGGCUGUGAUGGACUCGAUGGAGCUGGAGCGCCAGCGGGGCAUCACCAUCCAGUCUGCUGCCACGUACACCAUGUGGAAGGGCACCAACAUCAACAUCAUAGACACCCCAGGCCACGUGGACUUCACCAUCGAGGUGGAGCGGUCGCUGCGGGUGCUGGACGGAGCGGUGCUGGUGCUGUGCGCCGUGGGAGGGGUGCAGUGCCAGACCAUCACUGUCAGCAGGCAGAUGGCACGGUACAGGGUGCCCUUCCUCACCUUCAUCAACAAGCUGGACAGGCAGGGCUCCAGCCCAGAGAGGGCACUGCAGCAGCUCAGGUCCAAGCUGAAGCACAAUGCAGCUUUUGUUCAGAUCCCCAUUGGGCUGGAGGGCAACUUCAGAGGCAUUAUAGACCUGGUUGAAGAGAGAGCUCUCUACUUUGAUGGGGAUCUGGGGCAGAGCGUGCGCUCGGAGGCCAUCCCGGCGGAGCUGAGGGCGCAGGCGGCGGCGCGGCGCCGGGAGCUGGUGGAGUGUGUGGCCAACGCCGAUGAGCAGCUUGGGGAACUGUUCCUGGAGGAGAAGAUUCCUACAGCUGCUGAGCUGAAGCUUGCCAUCCGAAGAGCGACGCUGAAGAAGUCCUUCACCCCGGUGCUGGUGGGAAGUGCUUUGAAGAACAAAGGAGUGCAGCCCCUGCUGGAUGCUGUCCUGGAGUACCUCCCUGACCCCUCAGAGGUGGAGAACUUUGCUAUCCUGAACCAGGGGGAUUCUAAGGGUGGCAGCAAGUUCCUGCUGAACCCUGCUCGAGAUGACUCCCAGCCCUUCAUAGGCCUGGCUUUCAAGCUGGAGGCCGGGCGCUUCGGGCAGCUGACCUACCUGAGGGUGUACCAGGGGCAGCUGCGCAGGGCUGAGCACAUCUACAACACCCGGACCGGCAAGCGGCUGCGCGUCCAGCGCCUGCUGCGCAUGCACGCCGACACCAUGGAGGAUGUCAAUGAAGUGUAUGCAGGAGACAUCUGUGCCCUCUUUGGGAUUGACUGUGCCAGUGGGGACACCUUCACUGAUAAAACAAGCACAGACAUCUCCAUGGAAUCCAUCCACAUCCCUGACCCUGUUGUCUCGGUGGCCAUGAAGCCUUCCAACAAGAACGACUUUGACAAGUUCUCCAAGGGCCUGAGCCGCUUCAGCAGGGAGGAUCCUACCUUCAGGCUGCACUUUGACGAGGAGAGCAAGGAGACCAUCGUUUCAGGCAUGGGGGAGCUGCACCUGGAGAUCUAUGCCCAGAGGAUGGAGAGGGAAUAUGGAUGCCCCUGCACCAUGGGGAAGCCAAAAGUGGCCUUCAGGGAGUGCAUCUCCUCGGCUGUCCCGUUUGAGUUCACACACAAGAAGCAGACUGGAGGAGCAGGCCAGUAUGGCAAAGUCAUUGGUUUCCUGGAGCCCCUGGAGCCGGAGGACUACACGAAGCUGGAGUUUGAGGACAGGACCAUUGGCACCAACAUCCCCAAGCAGUUUGUGCCUGCUGUUGAGAAGGGGUUCCGGGAAGCCUGUGAGAAGGGGCUGGUGUCCGGGCACCGGAUCUCGGGCGUGCGCUUCGUGCUGGAGGACGGCGCUCACCACAUGGUGGACUCCAACGAGAUCGCCUUCACCAGGGCAGGAGAAGGAGCCCUAAAGCAAGCGAUGGAGGGCGCUGUGGUGCGCAUCCUGGAGCCCGUCAUGGCGGUGGAGGUGAUGGCUCCCAUUGAGUUCCAGGGCGCGGUCAUCGCGGGACUCAACCGGCGGCACGGCGUCAUCACCGGCCAGGACGGCACCGGCGACUACUUCACUCUCUACGCUGAGGUGCCCCUCAAUGACAUGUUUGGGUAUGCCACUGAGCUGAGGUCGUGCACAGAGGGCAAGGGGGAGUACACCAUGGAGUACUGCAGAUACCAACCCUGCUCCCCCAGCGUGCAGGAGGAGCUCAUCAACAAGCACCUGGAGGCAACAGGCAGACUGCCUGCCAAGAAGGGGAAAUUCAAGAGCUGAUGUUGAGCCCUGUGCUGACCUUGUUCCCCCUGAGGUCACCUGGGCCACCCUCCUGCCCUGCCCCUGGGGAGGAGCAGCUCUGGAGCCUGUGCACUGCUGCCUGGGGGAAACACUUGCUGGACAGAUAGGAAUGAGCAGGCUGGAGAUGGCAGCUCCCAGCUUCCCUUCUGCCUCUCCAGGGGGGGGUUGCUCCAGCUGAGGCUGGCCUGGGUUUUUUUCACUGCCUGUCAGGGCUUUGGUUUCUCCCCACCCCCAAAAUAAAA